CUUUGGGACAUGUGCAUGGCCUAGUGGAUACAAUGACACAAAUCAUUUCUGUCACCACCUGCGAGCGAGGUACCUCUACGUGUACAGGAAAACUCGCACAUUUAAGAUUUUAAGUCCGGCUAUCAACUCGAUCAAGACCUCCUAUUACUCCAGGAAAUUCCAAUGCAGAUUUUAAGAAGUUCCAGCUUUACAAAGCAGGUGCCCCCAAAACACUUUAAAAUUUGAUUCAUAUUCUUGCGAUUUAUUUCGAGGGUACAAAAAAAGGGUGAUGGUAGGCAUGCGGGGUUUUUCCUGUACGAGUACACGUAGAGGGGUACCUAUGGCAGCCCCAUCAUUGCGGGCCGGGCCAGCUACAGAUGGCUUGCAGCCCCGAUUGGGUAUUUUCCCGUUUUGGUAUUUUUGGUGAAGCGAUUCCCGCCCUGAAAGAGGACUGGACCACCUUUCAGCUCGGCAUACCUGCUCAAAGAUACUGUCUGGCUUGAAUGGUCGAUGAUGCCUCUAACUACCCCGCCCCCUCCAUGAAGCACCGCUAGGCAUACUGUAUAUCUUCUCCCCGCCAGACACUUGCAAAACUAAAUCCAAGAAGACUAGCUACCAGCUAACAGCUAUAUAUAUAAAUAUAUCCAACAACACCACAAUCACCAUAAUGGCUAGUCCGCUCCUUAGCAAUCACCAUGGCAAGAACGGCAAGUACACGAAGGCCUUCUUGGAGCAGAAUGGGCCUGGAGACGCUCGACCUACAGCUCUUGACAUUCUCAAGGACAACAACCGGAUCGGUACGAUGAAGGACAAGGUGAGCAUCGCUGCUGCUACAGAAAACUGCAACUGGAAUUGACCACAACCAGGUCUUUCUUCUCACCGGAUCCUCUGGGGGGAUUGGCAUUGAAACUGGUCGCGCGCUUGCCGCGACAGGUGGUAAAGUGUAUCUGGGCGUUCGGGACUUGGAGAAUGGGAAAAAAGCUCUGAAAGAGAUUCUCGAACCUGGUCGAGUGGAGCUGCUUGAGCUGGACGUUGGCUCAAUGGAAAGCGUUCGCAGUGCGGCGAAGACCUUUCUGUCAAAAUCGAAACAGCUCAAUGUCCUGAUCAACAAUGCCGGGCUCAUGGCAUGCCCAGAGGAAAAGACAGCGGAUGGCUUCGAGUCACAGCUGGCAGUCAACUAUCUCGGCCACUUCCUUCUCUACAAGCUACUUGAGCCGACGCUCUUGUCCAGUUCUACACCCGAGUUCCAUUCUCGCGCCGUCAAUGUCUCUUCUGCCGGUCAUCAUAUGAGCACCGUUCUCCUCGACAACAUUAACCUUGAUGGUAAUUACGGGCCGUGGAAGGCAUACGGCAAUGCCAAGACAGCUUGUAUUUGGAUGACGAACGAGAUUGAGCGCCGCUACGGUUCCAAAGGUCUGCACGGCUAUUCUUUGAUGCCUGGCGGUAUUGCAACAGGCCUGCAGCGUCACGUCGACCCGGAAAUGUUGGCGACGUGGGGUUCCAGUGAAGCGUCUAGAAAGUAUAUCAAGAGCCCAGCUCAAGGCGCUGCCACGACCAUCACGGCUGCAUUCGGCAAGGAAUGGGAAGGCAAGGGCGGUGUCUAUCUGGAGGAUUGCCAGGAAGCUGGCCCACUCCCGGAGGGUGGCACAUUGGCGGUCGGUAUUGCACCACACGGCUUCAACCCAGAGGGCGAGAAGAAGUUGUGGGAAUUGUCUCUCAAGAUGUUGAAACUCUCAUAG